UUGGGGGGGGUGAUAAUACUGAUUUGUCAGUCUGCCAUUUUGUACAAAAGUGCCACACUGUUCCAAGAUGUCUGGCCGAGGAAAGACUGCCGCCCCAAAGUCCAAAACUACAGUUUCCAGGUCUGUGCGAGCGGGCGUCACCUUCCCAGUUGGGCGCAUCCACAGGCUGCUGAGGAAGGGCAACUACGCCCAACGUGUGGGCAAUGGCGCUGCGGUCUACCUCUCCGCCAUCUUGGAGUACCUAUGUGCCGAGAUCUUGGAGCUAGCAGGGAACGCCAGCCGCCAAAACAAGAAGCUGCGCAUCGCCCCUCGCCACAUUCUGCUGGCGGUGAAGAACGACGAGGAGCUCAACAUGCUCUUGGGUCAAGUCACAAUUUCAGAUGGCGGCGUGGUCCCCAACAUCAAUGUGGCGCUCCUUCCCAAAAAGUCAAAGACCCCAAGAGAGGAAAGCACUGCUAAAGAUGUCCAGUCACAAGAAUUUUAACAGAUUUUGUACAGUUAAUUUUAAUACAAUAAAAUUUAUAAUUUUCUA